UGAGUCAAAAAUUGUAGUGCAUUAAGAGAAAUUUGAACUUAUUCAUAUUCAUUAACUAAGUGUCGAAAAUAUUAUUGGUUAAGUUAUUUUUAAACUAAGAAUUGAAUAUUUAUAUUUGUUUAUAAUUGUUGUGUAUAAAUUUUUUGUAGUACACUGUGAUGGCAGGUUAUAGCAGUGUGAUUGUAUCUCAGAUUAAGACAGAAGAUGGAAAUGAAGCACAGAGUACCUGUUUAUCAGUUUGUCCUCCAUCACCUUGCAUUUAUCCUCCUUCCAACUCAGGAUUAUCAAAUGGACAAACUGAUUUUGGAACAGUUGAACCAGUUGGUAGUAGUAAACUACAUUGUAGGUCACCUGAACAAAUAACAAUGGAUCUUUAUACAAGUGAUACUGCAGAACAAUCACCAUCGCCCCCAAUUAGUCCUGAAAGUCAUCAUCAAGAUAUGUUUUGUUCUAGUACCAUACCUGGAGAUGGCACAGGAAGUAUGAAUGUCAGUAAUUCUGAAGGAAAAGCUGAUUCUCCAAAGCGAUUAUGUCUAGUAUGUGGUGAUGUCGCAUCAGGUUUCCAUUAUGGAGUUGCCUCAUGUGAAGCAUGCAAAGCUUUCUUUAAAAGAACUAUUCAAGGAAAUAUUGAGUAUACCUGUCCAGCCUCUAAUGAUUGUGAAAUCAAUAAGAGGAGGAGAAAAGCAUGUCAAGCUUGUAGAUUUCAAAAAUGUUUGAAAAUGGGCAUGUUAAAAGAAGGUAACUUUAAUCUUAGAUAUUCUGUAUUAAUUUAUAGUAGAUGAUAUUAAAAUAAAUGA